AUGAAUAUGAUGGGCAGUAUCCUGGGCAAGAGCCGUCCGCGGGGCGGCUCGGAGGACGCCAAGGCGCCUGAGGGUGCCAGUCCGGAGGACACGGAGCAGCUCGACGAGAACGAGGGCUCGAUCAUCAUGGCGCUCAUCGCUCAACUCAGGCCAGGGAUGGAGCUGAGCAAGGUCACCUUCCCGACGUUCGUGCUCGAGCCCCGCAGCAUGCUCGAGCGCAUCACCGACUUCAUGGCCCAUCCGGAUCUCCUCUUCGGCGCCGAGACGUGCGACGACCCCGAAGAGCGCUUCAUCCGCGUACUCCAGUACUACCUCGCAGGCUGGCACAUCAAACCGCGCGGCGUCAAGAAACCGUACAACCCCGUGCUCGGUGAGUUCUUCAGGUGCAGGUACGACUAUCCCGACGGCACACAGGGCUACUACAUUGCCGAGCAGGUCUCGCACCACCCGCCGAUCUCCGCCUUCUUCUACGUCUCGCCCGCCAACAAGGUCGCCAUCGUCGGCAACCUCCGCCCGAAAUCAAAGUUCCUCGGCAACUCCGUCCAGACGCAGAUGGACGGCGAGAACCGCGUGCGGCUGUUGGGGCGGCCUGAGGACGGCGAAUACGUGAUCACCAUGCCCAACAUGUUCGCCCGCGGCAUCAUCUACGGCAAGAUGGUGCUCGAGCUCGGCGACGCGUGCACAGCGACAUGCGCCGCGCACGACGAGUCCGCCGACAUCGAGUUCAAGACCAAGGGCUUCUUCUCGGGGACGUACAACGCGAUCGCCGGGCGCGUUAAGCAUGGGAGCGCGGAUAUGGGCGAGAUCAGCGGGAAGUGGAAUGAUGUUAUGGAGUUCAAGAGCACUAAGACGGGCAAAUCCCGCGUGCUCUUCGACGUGCACAAAGACGGCUCCAAAAUGGCGCCGAAAUGGGUCGCGCCCGAGUCCGAGCAGGAGGAGUACGAGUCGCGGCGCCUGUGGUCCGACCUGACGAAGGCGAUCGCGAGCAAGGAUAUGGAGGCGGCCACGAACGCGAAGAGCGCGGUCGAGAAUGCGCAGCGGGAGCUGAGGGGGAAGAGGGAGGCGAGCGGGGAGGCGUAUACGCCGCGGUUUUUCGAGUUGAAGGGGGAUCAUUAUGAGCCGAAGUUUAAGUUGCCGGAUAACACAGACGAAGCGGUCACAGCCGUACGGGAGUGGAUAUACCCCUCGUCGGCGCCCCCAUCCUGA